CGGUAGAGAAUCAAGAAUUGAAAAGAACUACUGGAGAAAAGCUGCAGGAUAGUUCUGGUACUAGUGGGGGCACUUGCUCGGUGAACGACGUUAAAGCAGCACAUGAUACUGUGACUGGUGCAAGUAAACCCAGUGCUGAUAAUUCUGCUACAACCCCAGGUCAUGGUGGUACUAAGACGACAAUCAUGACGCCUGGGCUGCAACAAGCAGCUGAGCAUCAUUUUAUAGGAAGUCCAGCUGGCUCUAGAACAGCGUCAAAAUCUUCACAUUCCGCAGAAGAGGCUUGCUUUGGCGACACUCGCCUUCUGGAGCAGCGGGACAGGGAAAUCAAGGAGCACCUAGACGCGAUUUUGGCUAGAGACGAGGCUUUGGUCCGGAAAGAGAAGGAACUUCAAGACCUGCAAGCUGAAAUGUUGUUGCUAAAAGAUGAGAAAGAUGCGACGAUAUUGAAGGAGAGGGAAGCUGCAAUUACAGCGAUGGAAGCUGAAAGAAAAGCCAAAGACGCUGAACUUCAAACCAAAUCCGCGCUCAUCGACCAAAGAGAUUCUCUCAUACGCGAGAAAGAAUCUCUUAUUUCCGAGAAGGAUUUCUUGAUCCAAGAGAAGGAGCAGAAUUUACGCACUGCCCAGAAAGAAGCUUUGAACUUAUCGCUCUCUCUCGAGAGCCAACGCGAAGCAGAGAAAGCUGAGGUUAUGCGAAAUGCGGAGACUGUGAUGCAAGAAAUGGCAGUAUUAAGGGUCGUUGCAACUUGAUGCUGAUGGGCUACCUAGUCGAAAACUCAAAAUAUCCGAGUAGCCAACUGAAAUAACAGAGUCAUUACGCUGCUCUGUCUUGUUUCAGUUGUAUCUCAUCUAAGAGCAUACUUAUCUUCUAUAAUGGCCUCGUCUCACUUUCUAAGGGGAAAAAGGAUAGACGCGCGACCGCGAGCUAGAUAGGUCAAAAAUUUGCAACCUCUAAGAGUGGAGUUGAAGGAGAAAGACGGGAUUGUCCAAGCAGUGAAAGACAUGAUGCGUCGCGCGGAGGAGAGUAGAGCAGAAAUGGAGUCGGAGUUGGCGAAAGUCAAAGAAGACUUGGAGAAGAGGGAGAAGGCGAUAGAGGAAUUGUCGACUGAGAAGGAGGCACUGCAGAAGCGAUUGGAGGAGACUGUGGUAGAACGGGAUGAACGAGUUGAGAUUUUGCAAGAAGAAAAAACUCAACUUGAGAAGAAGGUCGAACGCAGAGAGCAGGAAUUUGACUCGGAAAGAAAAGAAGCCGAGCAGCGAGUCUCGGAUUUACAAGCUUCAGAAAAGGACCUACAACAGCAACUUGCAGAAGAAAAAGAACAACAUGUGGAAACACGACAAUCACUGCAGACAAAACAUCUCCAAGAACAAGGUGAGCUGAAAACCACAUUGGAAGAGGCUUCUAGCAAGCGCGAACAGCAGAAACAAGAAGAAUAUGCCGAACAAACGGAAGCUAGAGACGAAAUGAUCAUCUCACUUCAAAAGAAGGUGAAAGACUUGGAGGACGAAUUGGCAUCAGAGAGGAAGCGACCGCAAUCCACGGACGAUGCUUUGGACUCUCUAGAAGAGGACUUGUCUGCUGUAUUGCGUUUCCAGCAAAGCGUAUUCGGAGAACGCAAGCGCGAAGAUGAACACAUGAAGGAAUUGAAAGUUAUGUGAGAGUGAAUGAUAGAUAAUAGCUUGUUGUGAUUGCUGGUGUGGAAUACUCCUAAGUUCAGGUUCAUCUGUUGUACCUUUUCUGAUAUUUGUUCUAGCUAAAGAGUUGCUUCUACAUUGCCGCUUCUAAUGAGCAAACCAGCGAGCUUCUAGAAAAACGGCUUAUCUCUCUCGCCGACCAAAACGCGGAACUGCAGUCUAGAUUGGUGGACGUCACCGCCGAACGCUCUUUGCUGGCCGAAGUAAAGGACUCCACGUUUGGCAAACAGGAUGAUCUGAUAGUCGAACUGCAGACGAUCCGUGCCGAAAACAGACGCUUGCAGCACAAGCUUGCUAAUGUCCUGGACAGCAAUGCGCAGAACAACGACCUCCGAGCUGAGAACGGUCAGAUGCGCCAGCAGAGUGCUUUUCUGGUGCAAGAGUUGUCGCGACUGCGUAACACGAAUCAAGCACUGUGCAGACAGUUGUUCGAUCCAGAAGCGGAAAUACACUUAGACAGAGCUUCUACUUCCUCUCAACCUAGAGGAGACGGACCAACUAGAGGAGACGGACCAACUAGAGGAGGAUCUUCUACAGCGACGUCUGAAGAAGACACGUCUGAAGAAGCAACGUCUUCAUCAGAAGACUCGGAAGAGGACUUGACAAAGACAAAGACGGGUCAAGAAUCCACGAAGAAAACGUCUCGAAGAAGAAACAACAACAAGCAGCUUGAUGAAAAUAACCCUCUAGGAUUGGGUGUAGAAAAUGGCGGACGUCGUCGAGAAUUACAACCCGGAGGAUCAACGAGGACCCCUUCCAUGACAUCUUCAUCUUCGUCUCACCACCAACAUGAUCAGAGAGGAGUAACGCAAGACUUGAUGGAAAAAUUUGGAGACGAGGAAGCGAAUUGUCUUUUAAGGGGGCAGAGGUCCAUGAACGAAGCAGACGAUGCCGAUCGGGAAGUCAGACAGUUGUUAAGAACGAUAGAUGGGAUCAUAGACAUCGUUAUUGUUUGAAGCACUAGAAGUAGUUUGAACAAUUAUGCCUAUGCGAACUCCCUACAUCUAAAUCUAUCGUGGUUGAACAAGAAUCAUGCAGGAGCCAUCUAUAACAUCUAUCGUGGUUGAACAAGAAUCAUGCAGCCGCGUGUAAGAAAGUACGUACUUAUCUUCUCUAACUUUCGCAACCAUCGCGCGUUUACAAGGUCGCUUGAUCACUACCGAACAGAAAUACCUUGAAGAGCGUGUCCGCAUGGUCGAUAGGAUACGAGAACUGGAGGAAAGAGGAGCUCUUAGUAGUUCUAGUGACUGCUCUCAGUUUCAGCCUCGUCAGUCUCAACAAGAAGAACAGGGAAGAUCGUCAUCUUCCUACGGUGCUUUGGUUCACUAUGGAAGUGAAGCAUCGACGAAUCUGCGAGCAGCUGGGGCAAGGGUGGGAGGUUACUUCUCUAGUGCGGGUUCAGCCUCAACUUCUGCCUCAACUUCGACAUCAAGUGGAGUUGGUAGAGACAACUUUCUUGCUGGUCUGCAUAAGCUUAGUGAGCAGGGGAGCCGAGAAAACAGAGAAAUGUUAAGAGCCUUCACAUGAUUAAUGUCGCAACAAAAAAGAGUACUAUGACCUCGUGGAUUUAGGUGAAUCUUCUAACUUUUGAGACAACAACAACAUCGGGAAGAGGAGCUGGAGGACCUGAAGGCAUUACUGGUGGAGCCUCAGCGUCGGUGUCUGCUGUGGGUGGGAAAAUUACGGACGCAGUUUCGUCGACUGUCUCAGGCGUUGGUAAUCAUAUAGGACAGGCUGUUUCGGGUGUAAUUUUCAGAGGAUAGAAUAAAAACGGCCGUUUAAUAGGGUGUAAUUUUCCGAGGAUGAUGAACAAGAGGGAAAAAGAGGACUCAGAAACAGAAUUCUUGCGGCAGUUUCCAUCCUCUGGUAUCUAAAUCUACGCACUAGAUUUACAACUACAACGAUUUUCUAUUUAUCAUGAAGAUCAUGCUCCUCGUGGUCGUCCCGUCGUGACACACACUUACAAUUUCACUUACACUUACACAAUUCUCUCCGAACGAGAUAGCGACCAGGAGUUGACAACGCUGGGUUUUCUUGAGACGAGAUCUCUAUCGAUAUGCACCUUCCUCGUCCAC